AUGUCUGAAUCAAAAUCAAAAUCUACUGAGGAAUCAACAACUUCGUCAACCACGAACAAGGCAAACAUUACCUUAACUGCUCAAGAUAUCACUGAAGCUAAGGAGAACCUGGGAAAUGAAAUCAAAUUCGAUCACUUAACUACAAGCGGUUCAAACUUCGUAGAAUGGAAGAAGAACACAGCGCGUGCUAUCAAAGCAUUGAUAGGAAUCAAGAACUACUGGGAUGAAGAACUGCCGGUACUAUCUUACCUUGACCAAAAACGUGACGGCCUAGCCACCAGUGUCAUCAACAAUACGAUUCAUAUGAACCUGAAGAACGUGACAGAUGACUCUGAUACGGCUUAUGAAGCGAUGAAGGCCCUCCAGAAUCACUUCCGAAAAGGUGGUCGCACUGCUCAGUUUGCUCUAUUUACUCGCCUCAUGAACCUACGUCUAGACCUACAAGAAACUGAAAUGAUUAGUCACAUGUCAACAGUAGACUCAAUUGUAUCCAAAAUAGAAUCUACAGGAUUUGUAUGGAACUCUGAAUCGGUAAAAGGACUGUUUUAUCAAAUUGUUAUGCCUCCGGAGAUGACGAAAGAGAUCAACAAAGACCUCGACAACAAGUACAACAAGACCAACCCGAACUACAAAUUAAAAGACAUCAAAUCAGCAAUCCAAAUUUAUCUAGCACGUGAAAGAACUGCCUCAGAAACGAUCAUCAUCAGUAAUCUCAGCACUCAGAUGGAGACUAUGUCAAUGAAUACUACGCCUAGAAACCAAAUUCAUAGCAGACAAUUCACUCCAAACCGUUCGACAAUGAAUCAUAGCUAUCAAUCAUCUCCUGUUUCACGUUUCAACUCACCUCGUCCAACUCCUAAGAUCGAUCCAAUUAGAUGGCAAAGAGGGCCUGCGGCCUGGAGUAGAAAUGAGAACGACAGGAAGAACUCUGCGAUAGUACCACUAGAAAUACCUAAUAGUGCUGUAAGUGGAGUGAAGAAAGGACUACUUCAAUGUUUUUUCUGCGGAAAUUUUGGCCAUGUCUAUAGUACUGGUGGUUGUAAAUCUUACAAUGGAGAUGGCGAAAGGACUGGUGCUCACUGGAGAGACUGGAGGAAGUUGAGUAACGGCCAAUGGUACAGCUUAAACGCACUAUUCCCGAACAAAUACGUCCUCCCAGUCAACCAACGCUCAUCAUCGACUCGACCUAACGCAAACUCAGUUGAAAUCAUGAAUGAAGACAAUCAAAUGAAAAUCGAGGCAUCUGCUAUCGAUCUAGACUGGUCGUCAGAAGGAUUUGGUCUCAUCGAUGGAGAUGAUGAAGUACCCACUGAGUAUCUUUUUGAUGGUGGAGCCACCGAUGCCGAAAAGGCGACAUAG